GUGUUCCAGUUAAAAGAGACAUGGAAUAUAAAAUGCAGGCAGCGAUGCAGGCCAGCAAUGCAACGGACAAACGGACGGACCAUCAGUGCCUGUGUCGUCUACGGGCACCACCCCCACUCUUCUGCAUGCUGCAAGCACACACACACACACAGACAGACAGACACACAGAGCGGCAUAGUGGCAUGCGUGUUACCGAUACGUAGGCAUUUCUUCUAUGUACCUGCUGAUCGCCGACAGGCCUUUGAGUACCCGAAUGUGAUCCAUGAUCACGUACCCGUAGUGCCGCGGGUCGGGCGUGCCCCCGCUGCGGUUCCGCAAGUUGUCGACUCGCUUCUUGAGGUCGUGGAAGUCCCACCCAUGGCGGCGCCGUCUCGCCUCGUCGUGGAUGUGGAAGUGGCCGUCCUUGCCGCCGUCGAAUGGGCCCGCAUACAGGCUGACGGCGUCCUUGUGGGGGCUCGGGCGGACGAUGGCGUCCAGGCCGUGGAAUGCCGCCUCGCCGUAGAAGGCAUCGGUGGCCGAAUCGACGAGCUCCCUCUUGGCGUGGGGCAUGGCUGCAUCCGUCCAUGAAAGGAAGACAGACAGACAGACAGACAGAAGAGACAUUGCACAGAGUGAGAUGCAUACAUUCUCUAGGGUAUCGAGCAUGCGUACCUGGUGGCUCGUGGAUGGCUUCCAGGGCGCGCAGAGUGUCGUACUCCGCCCACUCCUUGUCCUUGUCGACGCGGUACCACUGCUCCUCCGACUUGACGACAAUCCGGUACUGCUGUGGGAGGGGCAGCUGGCCUGUGAGGUCGCGGGCCUCCUGCACCUUCUCGGCGAGCUGGGUGAGGUCCCAGCUGCACCGUGGCAGCCGCCGCGCCUCCCCCACCACGAAGUAGCCCUCCCCAAAGCCGUCGUUAAAUUGGCCGAAGCCAAACUUGACGGCCUGCUCGGUGGGAGGGCUGCUGCCGACGGCCAUCAGCUACAGCGGGCCGAUCCACCACCCGUCCUUGCGCAUCUGCAGCAGAAAGUUCUGCGCCACC